AUGGCAGGACAAUACCUCCCUGUGUCAUCAAGAGGCCAGCAAGACAUCCAUCUUGAAUUCCAAAAUACAGCUACACCAAACUCAUCACCAUCACUAUCACCACCAACGAGACGAUUCCAAGGCCUUCCAGCACGCCGUCGAUCAAAAGUCAAACUAUGGCUAGGCCUCACCGGAAAAUGGUGCAUCACAAUUAUCUUUAUCAUAGUCGUCUACAUCAUCCUAAUCGCGUAUGCUUUACACGAUGUCAUGUCCGAGAUACAGAAGAAAUACUUCAAUGCGCUUAUCACGGGUUUUCUUAUUGCUCUGGGUCUUUCGACAAUGAGUCAGUUGACACAUGCGGUGCAGGACUUGCGAUGGUGGAUCUUGAGUAAACGACCAAGGUCCCGUCAAAAGGUCAAAGCAAUUUUACAAGUCCAUAGCAUGAGCCAAGUAUUAGUCUUGGCCUUUAAAUCAAGUCGAUGGACAAUUCACGUUGGUGUCGCGACUUGGGUAGCGCUAUUCCUGGCAACCCAAAUAGGCUAUGCCUCAUUGGGCCUUUGCUACUCUGUUGAGAAAACCGAGGACCAAGCCCUCAUGAUCCCCGGAAACGUCUCCAUCGCCAACUUGACUACCAUCUCAACCUCAAGUAUUGUCAACGCAUCUGGAUCAACAGAAGCCGAGGAAUACGCGGCCAACAGCUACGGGAUCAUAUCUCUGGCGUUAAACGAGGGAGAAUUUUACGACAUUCCUUGGCCUGGGACUUUGUUCUUUGCGGACAACAAGUUUCUCUUUUGUGAAGGAAAUUGUUCUUAUGUUUUUCGCGAGACAAACACGUUGACUUUGGACAAUCCUGUCAAAGCUCCGGUUGCUGCGUUCACGGAUAGAAGGGUCAAUAUUACGACGCAAUGCACGGCAUUCAAGGUCCGGCAAGGUGGCAAUGGAACUGGGGAAAGUAUCAUUGUAGGAGAAGGGAGCCGAGAAGCGAAUAUUACUCUACCUAGGAAGGAAGUGGUUGGCGAGAAGAUUUACAUGACAUCUGCGUCUCAUAAUUGCGGAAAAGAUUGCAGUAUUGUUUGGGUAUUUGAGCCGUCCACGACAAAUUCGUGGUUCUACGACUGCACCGUCCAAAUGAGCACCGUGGAGAAUGCAAAGCGGUCAGAGCACGAGGUUGGUCCGAGACUGGCACGCUUGGCUACAUCUGCGAUAGCCCUUGGAGGCCGCGACGGUGCAAACGAUACCCGAUCAAACAGUUACCCAGCUGCGUCGAUCUUCGGCGCACCGCUUAAUGGCUCAACCGAAGCAAUGGAAUACCUUCUCUCACGCUUCGCAACAGGUGUGUUGGCAUCUGUCAUUGAGUCAAACACAGAUAUUGUGCUUGCUGGCCAAAUGCCUACGGUGGGACAAAAACUCAACGUUUCGCAUUGGGGAAUUAUCACUCUUAUCUUGUGGAUCACAGCAUUUCUUCAGCUGUUGGUGGCUGUUGUGGCGACCAAGGUAGCGGAACGUGUGGUUGUGCCAGAGGGCGAUUCCCUGUCUGAAGCCAAAGUUUUGAGGAACAUGAUUGAAGAAGAUAUAUUGGAUGAAGAGACCAAAGAUAGCGGGAAGGGAAAAAGUCUGUGGAUAUAUAGGAGUCGACAUCUCGGAGACGGGACUUAUGAUUUAUAUAUGGAAGAGGUAAGGGUAUAA